AUUUGUGUGUGUGAGUAUCAUUGCAUAAAUUGCUCAAUAGUCAGCUGAAUAGAUCGUCGAUUAAAAGCACAGUCGAAGAGCAAAGACCGAAUCGAAGAAUCGUGUGCUCAUUUUUAAUGAAUGUUUAUUCAUGUGAUUCUGGUAGUGAUAAUACGAUAACUAGAGUGAAAAAUAUCAGUUCAUGAAGUGAUUAGUCGAAAAGAACCUCAGUGACCAUAUUUUAUUUCCUAAGCCGUUGACCUAAGGUUAUAAGUCUAAAAACAAAUGAACCCGGUACUUUCUAAAGUCAUGAGUGAAGUGAGCGACGAUUAAAAUUUACGAGUAACGGUCACUUCGAUACCCAGUGAUUCUAACCCAUGCACGGUCGCAGUCCAGCUCCAACUCGCAAAAAAAAUAAUUGAAUCAUGGCGAGUUGUAGAUUGUUCGGUGCCCUCACCCGGUUUUCAAGACUACAAACAACCGCCGUAAAUAGAUCAGCACUUCAUCAGCCCCUCAGAUGUUUUUCUACGACGAUAUCUAACAAAAAACACGCAAAAUGCAAGAUUGUACAAGAAGUCGCUGUUAUCACGCUCGACUCACCUGGUGUCAAGGUGAAUUCCUUGAGCCAAGAAGUCAUCGCCGAGAUGGAUGGUCUGUUGAAAGAAAUUGCAGUUAACCCUGCAGUAAAAUCUGCUGUUCUUAUCAGUGGUAAGCCAGGAUGUUUUAUCGCUGGGGCAGAUAUAAGCAUGUUGCAGUCUUUGAAAGACGAAGAAAGCAUCUACAGGCUAUCAAGAGAUGGUCAAAGAAUUCUAGGGGGCAUUGAACAGAGCCAAAAGCCUGUUAUAGCUGCGAUUCAAGGCUCCUGUUUAGGUGGUGGCUUAGAAGUUGCUCUAGCUUGUCAUUACCGCAUAGCUGUUAAAGAUAGUAAAACUGCUCUUGCUGUGCCAGAAGUUAUGUUAGGGCUUCUACCAGGUGGUGGUGGAACGCAAAGAUUGCCACAGCUGAUUUUUCUUCCCGAUGCUCUGGACCUUGCACUUACAGGAAAGACAGUUAAAGCAGACAAAGCAAAAAAACUUGGACUUGUUGAUCUUGUCGUAGAUCCUCUUGGGCCUGGUAUGGCCACCGCAGAAGAAAAUACGGCUCGAUACCUUGAAGAAACUGCAAUCCAGGCUGCCAGAGACAUAGCUAAUGGAAAGUUAAAAGUAGACCGAGCUCCCAAGUCCCUUGUGCAAAAAAUAACGAAUAAAUUAUUCACAUUCGACCUAGUCAAAGACCAAAUAUUUAAGAAGGCAAGAGCUCAGGUCAUGAAGGCCACUGGGGGGUUAUAUCCUGCACCUUUAAAGAUUCUGGAAGUAAUUCGCGUCGGGAUUGACAAGGGGCCAAUUGCUGGCUACGAGGCUGAAGCUAGGGGAUUCGCACAGCUCGGCGUGACCCCACAGAGCAAAGGGCUCAUUAGUCUCUUCUUUGGACAAACUGCAUGCAAGAAAAACCGAUUUGGAACACCAAAAAGCACGAUAAAGACUGUAGCGGUUGUUGGGGCUGGUCUUAUGGGAGCAGGCAUCGCGCACGUUACCCUUGACAAAGGUUACAAUGUCAUUUUGAAGGACACAAAUGAAGUAGGACUCUACAGAGGUGUUGGCCAGAUCCAGUCAGGUUUUGACAAAGCCGUUAAGAGGAAACGUUUUUCUGCUGUACAAAGAGACAUAUUUCUGUCAAAACUGAACGAGACCUUGAGUUACGACGCUUUCAAAAAAGCUGACGUUGUAAUCGAGGCCGUGUUCGAAGACAUCACUAUUAAGCACCGUGUCAUUAAGGAAAUCGAGGCAAAUACUCCAGAGCAUUGUAUUGUUGCAACCAACACCUCUGCGAUUCCUAUUGGAAAAAUUGCUGCUGGCAGCGGAAGACCUGACAAGGUCAUUGGAAUGCACUACUUUUCACCCGUAGACAAAAUGCAACUAUUGGAAAUAAUCACUCACAAAGGGACAUCCCAAGAGACGAUAAAAACUGCCGUCGACCUUGGUCUUAAACAGGGAAAAGUCGUUAUCACUGUUGGUGAUGGACCUGGAUUCUAUACUACAAGGAUUCUCAGCGCCAUGUUGUCUGAGGCAAUCAGAUUAAUGCAGGAGGGUGUUGAUCCCACUGACCUCGAUACGCUAACGAGAACCUUCGGAUUCCCUGUCGGAAGUGCCACUUUAGCCGAUGAAGUUGGAAUAGAUGUAGGCUCGCACAUUAGUGUAGACUUGAACAAAGUUCUCGGAGAAAGAUUCCAGGGUGGAAAUGUCAACAUUAUGGGUGACAUGGUUAAGGCUGGAUUCCUCGGUCGGAAAUCUGGCAAAGGUAUUUUCGUGUAUGAAGCACAUUCGAAACACAGAGACGUAAACCCUGGAGCUCUGGCAAUACUGAAGAAUUACUCUUUGGAACCAAAAGGUAGCGUGGAACCAGAGGACCGACAGCUGCGAUUAGUUUCUCGGUUUGUAAACGAGGCUAUUCUAUGCUUAGAAGAGGGCAUUCUAGCAAGUCCACUCGAAGGAGACAUAGGUGCAGUAUUUGGAUUAGGUUUCCCUCCAUUUACCGGCGGCCCUUUCCGAUGGGUAGAUCAAUAUGGCGCUAAAAACCUCGUAACAAAAAUGACUGAGUUCCAAAGCCAUUAUGGUGACGCUUUCAAGCCAUCGCAAACACUUCUAGACAUGGCAGCUGAUUCCUCGAAGAAAUUUUAUCAGACAUAAAUCGCUAAUUCGGAAAACAAAAAGGUAAACAAAAAACUCGUGUGAGUAAUCGGAUGUAGCCCAUAACCGAGCAAUUUUUUCAAAACAAUCUAACAAUUUGAUGAGUCUGAAAAAUGGGCAACAAUUAUACCCGAUUGCACUUUACAACAGACAACUGAUGAUAUGCAUAUAGACAUAUAUAUUCUAUUUUUUCUCAAAUUAUUACGAGUCUGUUAUUUACAAUACAAUCGUCGAUAAUAAUAUACAAUUACUAUAAGUGUAGCAAGUAUAUUUUUUGACCGAUGUUGUGCGUUACUCAUAAUAAUAGCAAAAGCAUUCAUGAUGAUGUUUAAUAAAUUAUCUACAUUAAUAUUGAAUGCUA